CGCGCAGGCGUAGUCACUGCUCUCUGGCCGCCAGAAGAUGGGCGCAGGCUGCGUAACCCGGAAGUGCUUCUCCUCUGGUGGCGGAGGGGAGACGCCGCGGGCGGUGAGGUGUGGUGGCGGCUGUGCACGGUCCUCAGAAUGCAGCGAUUGCUCUUUCCACCUUUGAAGGCUUUGGUGGGGAACCCGUGUGUCCGGCUCCUUGUUCCUAGGGCGGCUCCCAGAGCACAGCAUGGUUGCAGCUGUGGGAUCAGGCGCCCCUUGAGGCCAGGGCAAUACAGCACCAUCUCUGAAGUAGCUUUGCAGUCUGGAAGGGGUACAGUGACCCUUCCCUCACAGGCUGCUGAAAGGGUGGUGGGCCGAUGGCUUCUGAUCUGCAGUGGAACAGUGGCUGGAGCAGUUAUUCUUGGUGGAGUUACUAGGUUGACAGAGUCUGGCCUCUCAAUGGUAGAUUGGCAUUUAAUAAAGGAGAUGAAGCCACCUACAAGCCAAGAGGAAUGGGAAGCAGAAUUCCAAAAAUACCAGCAGUUUCCAGAAUUUAAAAUCUUAAAUCAUGAUAUGACAUUGGCAGAAUUCAAGUUCAUCUGGUACAUGGAGUACUCACACCGUAUGUGGGGACGCCUUGUAGGCCUUGCAUACAUCCUGCCUGCUGCCUACUUUUGGAGAAAGGGCUGGCUCAGCCGUGGCAUGAAAGGACGUGUUCUUGCUCUCUGUGGUUUAGUCUGCUUCCAGGGUCUGUUAGGAUGGUAUAUGGUGAAAAGUGGAUUAGAAGAAAAACCAGACUCCCAUGACAUCCCUCGGGUCAGUCAGUACCGCCUCGCUGCUCACCUGGGAUCAGCCCUUGUUCUUUAUUGCGCCAGCUUGUGGACCUCACUCUCAUUACUGCUCCCUCAGCACAAGUUGCCUGAAACCCGUCAACUUCUGUGGUUGAGACGAUUUGCUCAUGGAACGACAGGCCUAGUUUUCCUUACAGCUCUCUCAGGGGCUUUUGUGGCAGGGCUAGAUGCUGGACUUGUUUACAACUCCUUCCCCAAGAUGGGAGAAUCUUGGAUCCCAGAAGAUCUCUUCACCUUCUCCCCCAUUCUGAGGAAUGUUUUUGAGAAUCCCACCAUGGUGCAGUUUGACCAUCGGGUUCUGGGAAUCACUUCAGUUACUGCCAUCACAGUGCUCUAUUUCCUCUCCCGGAGGGUUCCCCUUCCUCGAAGGACCAAGAUAGCAGCAGCAACUCUGCUAGCUUUGGCAUAUACACAGGUGGGCUUGGGCAUUAGCACUCUGCUGAUGUAUGUUCCAACGCCUUUGGCUGCCACUCACCAGUCGGGCUCCUUGGCGCUGCUCAGUGGUGCCCUUUGGCUCAUGAGUGAACUCCGAAGAGUCCCAAAAUAAUUCUGAGAGGAUCAACUUUCUAGAACUGAAACUGCUUUUGAGAGCUCAUCAGAGAGCACAAGAGUUGGGACUUUUCUAAGAGGAUGACCUUGUGGUUUCCACAUUGGUCAAGUCAAAAUUCUUUGCCUGAUUUUGAGACAGUCAUUACAUAAGAAUGUCAUUUAGCAUGGGUACUUUUCAUGUUGAAAAUCAGGUUUAAUAUAGAGAAAGAAAUGUCUGCCGUUUGCUGCUGCUUAAUAGGCUGUCUCAUAUUUCUUCAUAUUGGCAAACUCUUUGUUCUACAGGCAUGAGCUCUGUAUCUUUGAGUCCUGAUUCUGCCUAAGUAGAAAUUAUUUAUCCUUUUAGGUUCUAUCAGGUAAAUACUCAAAGGAAAGAAUUGGUACACACUAAGUAAUCAGAUAGUCUUCAGGAAUAGUUCAUGUUUUCUAUUCUCAUUUUCAGUAGUGAUAGAGGGUAGAUUUUGACAAGCUUAAUAUCUAAAUGCAGCCAGAUGGUUUAUGAAUGCUUAAAAAAGGAGAUAAUUACCAGUAACUACUUGGAUUCAUCAAGCACUAAUCUAGUUUCUCUUGGUAGUGCUAUUACAUCAUUAAGAUGAAUAGAAUAGAUUGUGUAAAAUGGUUCCUGAAAGGGGUUCCUAAUAGUUUUAUAGAUAAAAAAAAUUUAUGGUCUUGGGCCUCCCCUGGUGGCGCAGCGGUUGAGCGCUGGUUUGAUCCCCAGCCAUCGGGCGAGGGUCCCACACGGCGCGACAGACUUCUCCUGUCUCGCCCGCUGCCUCCCCUCAGCAGUGUAUUUCGUCAGUCUGCCUGUUCUGUUCCCCGCUCUGGCUCUGGUGAAUUCUCUCACCCUCCCGUGCUUCUGACUGUACCCAGUGCUUGUAUAAAUUAAUUAAUUUUUUUUUUUUAAUAAAUUUUAUUGUUAUAUUCCCCAUACAAUUGCAGCCCCCCCAUUCUGACCCCAAUCCCUCC